AUGGAGAUGGAAGGUAGACUGGAUAUCAAUGACGACAACGAGUCAUACAGAGGCAGCAUGUGGGAUUCGGAGCAGAAGCUUGAUCAACCCAUGUAUGAAGAAGCUGGAAAGCUCAAAACUAUAUACAGAGAAAAGAAAUUCUUAGCAAUUCUGCUUCUUCGGCUAGCAUUCCAAUGUCUUGGAGUUGUUUAUGGAGACUUAGGCACAUCUCCAUUGUAUGUGUUCUACAAUACUUUUCCCAAGGGAAUCUAUGAUCCAGAGGAUGUAAUUGGAGCUCUUUCCUUGAUAAUAUACUCUCUUACUCUGGUCCCUCUCCUCAAGUAUGUGUUCAUUGUGUGCAAAGCAAAUGACAAUGGUCAAGCUAGAGAGGACUCUAAAUUUCUCCACAUUCGUGCAGGUGGUACAUUGGCGCUGUACUCAUUACUUUCUCGACAUGAAAAAGUAAAUACGAUCCCAAAUCAACACCGGACGGAUGAGGAUCUGACAACAUAUAGUCGCUCUACUUUCCAUGAACAAUCUUUUGCUGCUAAAACUAAGCGAUGGUUAGAGAACCAAGCAUUUCGGAAGACUGGCCUUCUUAUUCUUGUUCUUGUUGGCACCUGUAUGGUGAUUGGCGAUGGAAUUUUGACUCCUGCUAUUUCUGUUCUUUCUGCUGUUGGCGGGAUCAAGGUGAACAAGCCAGGAAUUAGUGGGGGCACUGAGGCACUUUUUGCUGAUCUAGCCCAUUUCCCUGUUUCGGCCAUUCGACUUGCUUUCACAGCAGUAGUUUUCCCUUGCCUUCUUCUUGCAUAUUCUGGCCAAGCUGCUUAUCUUGUCAAAAACAAGGAACAUGUGGUCGAUGCAUUUUACUGCUCUAUCCCAGCUGCUGUGGUUGCAAGCCAAGCCACAAUCUCUGCAACGUUCUCGAUAAUCAAGCUGGCACAUGCUCACGGCUGCUUCCCAAGAGUGAAAGUUGUGCAUACAUCCAAGAAAUUCCUAGGACAGAUAUACGUCCCCGAUAUCAAUUGGAUCCUUAUGAUUCUAUGCAUCUGUGUCACCGCAGGAUUUAAGAACCAAAGCCAAAUCGGAAAUGCUUAUGGGACGGCGGUGGUAAUAGUCAUGCUGGUGACCACCCUCCUGAUGGUCCUGAUAAUGAUCCUUGUGUGGCACUGCCACUGGAUCCUUGUUGUGCUCUUCACCGGCUUAUCCCUUGCGGUGGAAUGCACCUACUUGUCGGCCGUGCUCUUCAAGAUCGACCAGGGAGGGCUUGGCCCCAGUUUGGGCUUGGUGAGGGUCCCAGGGAUCGUCCUGGUCUACACUGAACUCGCCAGUGGUAUCCCCCACAUCUUCUCGCAUUUCAUCACUAAUCUUCCUGCCAUCCACUCCAUUGUGGUUUUCGUCUGCGUCAAGUAUCUCCCUGUCUACACGGUCCCUGAAGAAGAGCGGUUUCUGGUCAAGAGGAUCGGCUCUAAGAAAUUCAGAAUGUUUAGGUGUGUGGCCAGGUAUGGCUACAAGGACCUUCAUAAUAAAGACGACGACUUUGAGAAGAAGCUGUUUGACAGUCUCUUCCUCUUCGUCCGGCUCGAGUCCAUGAUGGACGGGUGCUCGGACUCCGACGAGUACAGCUUGUACGGACAGCAAACACAACACUCGAGGGAUGGACUGCUGAACGAGAAUGGGAACACGAUAGGGUCGGUGGUGGAUUCGACGAUGUCUUCCAUUGACUCGAUCAUGCCGGUGAAGCCUUCAGUGACGACGACUGUGGGGUCGUCGGGCCAGACGAGCAGCCAGACCGAAGUGGACGAGGUGGAGUUCUUGCAGAGCUGUCGGGACGCUGGGUUGUACAUAUCUUGGGGAACACGGUGGUGA